AUGAUUUUGGCCAUUUCAGCUACCCUAGUGAAACAUUUGCGUGUUUCUAUUGAAGGCGCGGUGGUGUUGGCUUAUUUGGUCCGGUGGUGGGUAUCGCAGCGUCCGCGUGAAGUCACCCUCGAAGGUCGUCAUGUUCUCAUCACCGGUGGCUCCUCCGGCAUUGGCCUAGCGCUGGCCGCUGAGGCGUUGCGGCGGCGCGCCGGUCGUGUGACCCUUGUCGCGCGGGACGCCACGAGACUCGCUGAUUCCCGGAGGAAGCUAAUCGAGGCUUUUGGCGCCGACUGCGAUGUAAGAACGGUCUCUUUGGAUAUCGCCGGCUCCUUUGAUGUUAUCCAGGAAAGUCUCCUUGUCACUCACAAAGUGGGCACCGUUGACGUGCUCAUCAACUGCGCCGGCAUGUCCGUGGCACGCACCUUCGAGGAGUGCGCGCCGGACGCCUUCGAGCGGCAGAUGCGGAUCAACUACCUGGGCGGUGUCCACGUCACCAAGGCCCUCCUGCCCGCGAUGCUGGGCGACGCGGACGCCUGCCAACGACGACGAAUCGCCUUCGUUUCGAGCCUGGCCGGGCUCAUUUCCAUCUACGGCUUCGCCGGUUAUGCUGCCAGCAAGGCCGCUGUUGGCGCCUUCGCCAGUGUCCUUCAGCAGGAACUGGAAGACUGCGAGAACGUCGGCAAGCCAGCGAUAACAUCGGCGAUCUCGGACGCCGGUGGUCUCUACUCGCCCGAGGAGGUGGCGAGCAACGCCAUGCGGGACAUCCUCGCGGGCAGACGCCGUUCCCUCCUCGGUGUCACGGGCCACGCGCUGUCCUGGGCCACGGCGGGCGUCUCACGGCCCCAAGAGGCCUUCCUCCUGCCCCUCCCCCCUCUCUUGGCUGCCGGCUUGGAGGUCCUGCUGGCCCCUCUCUUCAAAGUCGCCCUCAUGGGGUUCGCGUACUGGUGCCGCCUUUGCAUCCUCCGGCAUAGGAGACUGGAGAAGCCAGAACGCCAGUGCUAG